AUGUCAGGGUUAAACCCUUAUGAGCCCCUAAACAACAGUCUCUCUCUUCUUCUUCCACUAGUAUGCAGUAUCCCUUAAAGCUCCAUCAAAACCUUAGUCUUAAACCCUAAUAAAAUCUCAUGUUUCCAAACCAUAAAUUCUACUAGUAACAAUAACAGAGAGAAGAAGAAGGAAAAAGAGAUGGCAGUUUCAAGAUUAUUCAUCCUUCUAGGCCACUCAAUCCUCCACAAUCCUCGCAGUUUUUCACAACCCCCACUCCUCAAAUUCAACAUAGCAUGCCUUCCUCAUUCCCUCCGCCUCAAGCGCUGCAUCUCCUCCGCUGUCACGCUUGAUUCCGAGACUCCUGCUCUCUCCGCUGAUGCCAUUUCUGCUCACCCGUGGCCGGAAUGGGUUAAUUUCGUCGACCAAUUGAAGGUCAAAGGCUACAUUACUCAGAACGCCGCGGCUGCGGAAAAUGGCGGGGAUACGGGUGCCGAGAGCGCCGCUGUCUACAGGGAGUUGAAGUUGGUUAAGGACGCGUGUAUGAGCUUUGCGCGCGACCGUUUUGACAUUUUCAAGUUAUUGCCCACUUCAGAUAUUCAAGCGAUUGUAGAGCAAGGAUGUCCCAGUGUUUUCAGAAAACCUGUUAACUCAGCAAAAAGGUUGAGGGCACAUCUACAAAUUGAUGAAGGAGAUGUGUGUAGUUCGUGCAGUCUUCGUAGUUCAUGUGAUAGAGCAUAUGUUUUGCUAACUGAAUCUGAAUCUGCUGCACGUACAGUAGAUGUAGUUCGUAUUUUAUUGAAUUUUGCAUUAGAUCCACUUGUUGUUUCCGGAGAAGUAGAAGAUAAACCUACAGGUAGGGAGCUCGUCGAAUCAUCAGCGAGGAGAUUGCUCUCAGAGUUGGUCGAGCUUAGCGAAACACCUCCUGACCCUGACCUUCCAAAGCCCGCCUCUGUAGUUCAUCAAAAAAAGAAGCAAUCUUUUGAUUCAUCAGAUACUGAGACCUCAAAAAGUAUAGAUAUGAAACCGGGAGAUUGGGUGUGCACUGAGUGCAAUUUCAUGAACUUUGCUAGAAACGUACGAUGUCUCAAGUGUAAAGCAAAUGGACCCAAGGCCAGUAGCAUGUAUACUGGUGGAGGUGGUGUUGAAAUGAAAAAGGGGGAUUGGAACUGCGCUCAGUGUUCCUUUAUGAACUUUGCAAGCAACAAGCAGUGUUUCCGCUGUCAAGGACCACGUCCCAAGAGGCAACUAAAACCUGGGGACUGGGAAUGCCCCAAGUGCGAUUUCUUGAAUUUUAGUCGUAACACCGUCUGCAAAUCAUGCAAUCGCGAACGCCCACUAGAGUCUGGAGUGCAAGAUGUGUUACAUACAAGGAAGCCUUACUAAGUCCAUUUUAGAAUUGCUUAUGCAGAAUACAACUUCUGAAGAUGGUUUUUGUUCUUGGCUCUAAGGUGAUAUAUUCCUGCAAGGUUUAAUGUUGGUAUUCUUUUCAGAUAGUCUUUUUUCUACAUGUGUUUUUCCUCUGUGGAUUUAUUACAUGGUGUAAUAAAAGAUGAGUCCUUCCAGAAGAAAAUACUAAGUAGUAUAUAGUCGAUUGAUAAGUUUCUGUGUUCUUAAAUUGAACAACCCAACUUCUGGUAGCUCCACCCUCCCUAGUAUGCUUGGGGGUGGGGGAGGGGGUGCGGCCACCCAUAUUUUAUGGGUUAAUGAUCAGAUAUGCCCUAGUUUGAGUGGUUUUAUCAA